AUCAGCCACAAGUAGGAAGUGUAUUUGUCAUGCAAGUCUCUUAGAGAAACAUGAGCUUUUACUCACUAUGUGGUUCUGUAACUCUCCUUGGGUUUUUCCUCUGUAUAUCAGAGGUAGAGAGCAUGAGGACACUGAAAAAUGUAGCUGUAAAAAGAGGAGGAUCUGUCACUAUUCCAUGUCUUUAUGAUGAGAAGUACAAAGCAAACAAUAAAUACUGGUGCAAAGGGUACUAUUGGGCUACCUGCAGUAUCGAAGCCUAUGCAAACUCAAGUGGAAAUCCAUCAGUCAUUGAUCAUCCAGAGCAGAAUUUGUUGACGGUGGAACUGAACUCUGUCUCUGGGUCUGGAACGGGUUGGUGUGCUGCAGAGAUUGGGGAUAAAUGGCAGCAGGAUGACCGUGAUUAUUUGUACCUUACGGUUAGUCAAGAUCCUGAUCUGUCAGUGAAUGAGAGCAGAGUGAAAGGUGAGGAAGGAGGCAGCGUCACAGUCCAGUGUCUCUACAGUGCUGCGUAUCAGAAUACACAGAAGCAGUGGUGCAGAUUUAAAGAUGGACAAUGCAACACAGUGGGGACCGAAACAUCCCAGAAUUCAGCAGUGUACAUCAGUGAUGAUGGGAGAAGAUCCUUCAGUGUGAAGAUGAGCAGAUGGCAGAAGAGUGAUGCUGGAUGGUACUGGUGCAGUGCAGGAGAUCUGCAGGUUCCUGUUCACAUCAGUGUCAGUGAUCCACCUCCAGUCACUACAUUAAAUACUACAACAGUGAAUACAACAGUGAAUACAACAGUGACUACAACCGCUCACCAAGACAAUACGUACACAUCUGACUCGAAGCACAAUUCAGUGUUUGUGAAUUCAGUUUCCAGCCGUAAUGAAACCACUUUGGUUUGGACCCUGAACCAUUGGUACCUGGUGGCCCUUCUUCUGCCACUGGUGAUACUGGUCAUCAUCAUCUGUAUGCUCAGAAAGAAAUGUGAGUUAGAGAAUCAACCCAGGAUCAGAGAGAGGAGCAAUGAUACCACUGUUCCCACAGCGAACACUGAUGAAGACUCCAUUGUAUACAGCACAGUUGCUGUUUCUAAGCCAAAGGCUAAGAAUAAGCCCACUUGUACUGCUGAAGACUCGAUUAUAUACAGCACUGUGACUACAAAGAGUAAAAAACAAGCCACUUUUACAGAUGAAGACUCCAUUACAAACAGCACUGUGGCUAAAAGCAAGCCAAAGGAUGAGGAUGAGGACACUGCUUCCAACAACAAAACUGUUUCUCCAAAUGAUGUCACUAAUGAGACCCUCUACAGCUAUGAGGUUUACCAGUAAGAGAGGAUGACUUACUGUCCACUGGCUGUGGGGCCUCAGGGAUCUCUACUGGGUCGUGUGUCCAUCCUCAACAUCCUUACAGAUAAAAUCCCAGUCAGGACAAGGACAACAUGCCCCACACUCACUCCACAGUCUUACUGUACAUCACAGUCACAUGACCCUCCGUCAUUCAGAAA